AUGGAAAUUGACGGAAAAGAAUAUAAGGCUUUUGUGAAAGAAAAGGAUAUAGCUACUAAUAUUUUUGAUAAGUCUGCAACGGCAGGACAGUCGUCUGCUGGAUAUGUUGCUGUGAGCAUGAAAAAUUCGAACAGAUUUACUGUUACGGUCAAUAUAGAACCUUUAAGCAAGAUUCUCUUUAAAUUAAAUUAUGAAGAACUAUUACACAGAGAAAAUGGACACUACGAAAUUAUCACCAACAUUCAACCUGGUCAAAUUGUUAAAAAAAUAAAGGUCAUGGUAAUAAUAAAGGAAAAUCAACACUUAGUUUUCGUGAACACGCCUUAUCUUCAAUCGGGUAGUUCAUCGUUAAACCUCGCACAAUCAACGACAGAUCCUCACGCAAGUAUUUUUAAGAAAGAUACUGCAGCUGUGGUAAUCUUCCAACCAGAUAUUCAAAGACAAGUGGAGUUUGCAUGCAGUGGAUUUGGAAAUAAGGAGUUCAAUGGGUUUGCUGGACAGUUUAUUGUUAAUUAUGAUGUAAAUAGGGUAAAUGAAGGCGGAGAAGUACUCUAUCAAGAUAAUUUCUUUUUUAUUUCCUUCGCACCAGAAAACUUAGAUCCCAUCCCCAAACAUAUGGUUUUUGUACUUGACACCAGUGGAAGUAUGUACGAUUUUAAAAUUGCGCAGCUUAAGGAUGCAAUGUUAAAGAUUUUACCCCAGUUGAAUGAAGAGGAUGUCUUUACUAUCAUUCAAUUUGAAUCGAAUGUUUACGAUUGGGAUACAUACAAUAAUAAAAAAGAUGUGUUUAAUUCCAUGAAUCCGGAAUACCUGCCUUAUGGAAGCUUGGCUAGUCAGUUCCCGUCGUAUUCUCCAUCAGUAAUUCAAGCCACCAAACAAAAUAUUGCAACAAUGAAGAAUGUCAUAAAUGGGUGGUAUGCCGGUGGUGGUACGAAUAGUAUAGGUAGUUUAGAAGUUGGACUAAUGGCUGUCUCAAAAACUCAACAACUUUACCCAAAUAAAUAUUUACCCAUUAUGGUCUUCCUCACAGACGGAAUGCCAAAUGUUGGAUCUCGGGAUACAAAUUACAUAAACCAAGUGAUUACAAAAGUUAAUAGAGCAAGUUACAAUAUUCCAAUAUAUUCGCUGUCUUUUGGAGAAGAACCAGAUAUAGACCGAACGUUUCUACAAAAAUUAAGUGGACUUAACAAUGGUGAAGAACACAAAAUUUCUAUCGAUUUGGAUUCAUCGACAUAUAUUCAAAAUUUCUACAAAACUAUUUCAGUUAUUUUGUUAAGCAACGUCGCUGUCAAUAAUCUACCACCAGUAAAUCAAGUUACACAAGUUAAUUUCCCAAUAUAUUUUAAAGGAUCGGAAUUGAUGAUUGUUGGAAAAGGAGCCAGUAUCAGUACUGCGCCAGUACAAAUUUCAGCAAAAGCCAAAAAAGGACCCAUAGACUAUGAAGCAAAGACAGGUAUUCCUUUGGCAAAAUUGGAACGAGUUUGGGCCUAUUUAACAGUAAAACAAUUAGCCGAUCAAUAUCGCAUAACAGGAGAUACUACUCUUGCCAAAAUUGGCAUGGAAAUAGCUAUGAAUCAUUCUUUGGUAACCGAUUUUACUUCUUUGGUUGUGGUCAAACCAAAUAUGUCUGGUCAAACCGUGAAAAUUGUGGAUGCUUACCAUGGGAUAUUUCCCACAAAACCUAGUGAAUUACCAAUGUGCAACAACAUCCAAAGCUACAUUGCACAAUUUACUACAACUACUACUACCACUACUUCAAUAACUACUACUACUACUACUACAAAACCUACUACGACUACUACAAAACCUACUACGACUACUACAAAACUUACUACGACUACUACAAAACCUACUACGACUACUACACAACCUACUACUACUACAAAACCUACUACCACUACAAAACCUACUACCACCACUACAAAACCUACCACUACCACAAAACCUACUACUACUACUACAAAAUCUACUACUACAAAACCUACUACCACUACAAAACCUACUACUACUACAAAACCUACUACAACUACAAAAUCUACUACUACUACUACAAAACCUACCACUACUACAAAACCUACUACUACUACAAAACCUACUACUACUACAAAACCUACUACGACUACUACAAAACCUACUACGGCCACUACAAAAACAACUACUACUACUACUACAAAAUCUACUACUACUACUACAAAACCCACUACUACUACUACAAAACCUACUACGAUUACUACAGCACCUACUACGACCACUACAAAAACUACUACUACUACUACAAAACCUACUACUACUACGACAAAAUCUACUACUACUACAAAACCUACUACUACUACUACUACAGUAACCACCUCAACUACUACUCAAAAGCUUACCUGUCAGAGAUCCACACAUGGUUGCUGCCACGACGGUGUAACGUUUGCGUUUGGACCUAAUUUUGACGGAUGUGACCCUAUUCCUAAAGCUGAAAAUUGCCCUUUACCCCAAGAUAGUGGAAAGUGUGGCCACUUUGACGUUAAAUAUUAUUAUAGCACUAGUAGACAUCAGUGUAAAUCUUUUAAAUACAGCGGAUGUGGUGGAAAUGGUAACAGAUUUGCAAGUAAACAAUCAUGUGAAGCAACUUGCGUGAAUCCAAAAGCUGAAGAAAGAUGCAAACUUCCAAUAUCUUUAGGGAGCUGUAAUCAAAUGAUACUUCAAUGGUUUUACGAUAAAACCUCACAAACAUGUGUAAAACGCAUGUAUGGUGGUUGUUAUGGCAAUAACAAUAGGUUUCAAAAUAAGGAAGAUUGUUUAAAAUUGUGCAACGUGGGCAUGUAUAUAAAAAUGUUAAAAGAUGCCUGUUUUAUACCCUACGAUAAAGGUACUAAACGUUGCCAAAAAUUUGAAGGAAAUUAUUAUUUUGAUGUAAGUAGUGGAUUAUGUAAAACGUUUUGGUACACAGGAUGUGGAGGAAACGAUAAUCGAUUUAAGACUAAAGAAUUAUGUGAAAAUUUAUGUAUUCGUUCCAAACAUGAAGACAAAUGUUUAGCUCCACCUGAGAUGGGAACGUGUACCAACUUCCAACAAUCUUGGUUUUAUGAUCCAAUGCAAGGUAUUUGUCAACCUUUCGUUUAUAGCGGAUGUGGAGGCAACAAAAACAAAUAUGAUUCACAAUAUGACUGUAUGAAAGCAUGUAUUAAAUAA